CAAAACAUUUAAAGUGUCAAAGUGAAAUUGUGUAAUUUCAUUUAUAUUCGUUUUUAGUGUAAUAAUGUAUUGUUCAAUGGUGAAUUUCCAAUUCAGAAAAGCGUCAGCUCUCUCAUCCAGUAUCACCGGACUUUGCAGAUCUAGGAAAACAUUCGGAAAGGUCUCGAAAUUUUCCGGCUUGCUAAGUCCUGUAUGCCAAGUCGCCGACGGCCAUGCGCAGCGCCUCAAACACCAGAUAACGUACAAGGCGUACGUCCCGCCCUGCUACCAGGAUCACGACCACAAGAACAUGACGCUGAAGAGGCCGAUGUCCCCACAUCUCACCGUGUACGCUCCCACUUUAGUGGCUAUGACGUCCAUCGGACAAAGAAUCACAGGUACAUUGUUAGCAGCCUACGCUCUGCUUUUGUCUGGUGCCACACUGUUCUUACCCAACGGAAUAGAAACAUACGUCUCGAUAAUACAAAGCUUGGAUCUGUCGAAAACCACGAUCUUCAUACUCAAGCUAUUAGUGGGAUUGCCGUUCGGAUUUCAUUACUUUAACGGGAUUAGAUACUGCAUGUUUAAUUUGGGAAAAUGGUUGUCCCUAAAAGACGUUUAUGCCACUGCCUACUUGACCUUUGUGCUGACCGGAGUGAUCGUCAUAUUUUUUGCCUUUUUAUAAUCAUGUUAACUUUACUAUAAAUUUAGUAUUGUACUGAAAUUUGUAAAACUUUUUUUGUAUCUCUAUUCGGAAUAUCAGCGGUUAGAUAACGAGGGUUCCCGAGGUUUUCGCUUUAAUAAUAAUAAUUUCGUGCCUCACACAAGCUGACUUUAGAAAAUGUAAUUACUAGUGGCAAUAAAAUACUGUAACUUUCAAAAUCAUUUCAAAACCUCGAUGCAAUUAAUUUAAAAAAUAUGCUUAAAACGAUAUUUUUUUUGGGUUUAUCUGAUAUUUUGUUGAGGCCGGUUUUGAGUCGUCGAUGUAAAAAUUUAAAAUUUAACUGUUCACUCCUCAAGUUUACCUCCAAGGUAAACUGGUCGAUAGUAUCUAUUUCUUUUGCGUUAAGUAAUUAUUUAAUGUCAUAACGGGAAGUGAACUUGUUUGGCCAUUUAUUUUAUCCGAUUUUAAUCCCAUUCCACAAGUCGAAGUCGUGGAAGUCAUCCGAUUCAUUGACCGGCUACGUCACAUACCUAGUUAAACAAUCGCAAUAAGCGAAUGUCAUCUGUGCAUUUCAAUGUAUUCACCGUCCCUAAUAGUUUAAAGCCCUUCAAGAACACUUGUGAAAAUAGCGGUUAGUAAAAAAAGUGCAGAGUUUUCGUGUGGAUCGGUAAGCCGAAUAAAAUUUAUGAUUGUCAUUUGUUCAUCUUUUGCCAUCGUUUUCGAAGAAAACUGUACAAGAUUAAUUCUUUAAUUAUUCUUUGGCUGAACGUAGUCUAAAUUAUUUGUAUAUAUUGUUGAAAACUAGGUUCUAGGCAUUAGCAUUAUAGUCAUAUUUGAAAUUUGGAGAGUUUUCAAUCUUAGUCACGAUAAAUUGUUUUGGCUCGCUAGUUUCGCUUCGACAGGUGCUAAGCCAUUUAAACAUUGGAAUUAUUAGUUAUGUAAUGAUGGAAUCGCGUAGAUGCGCCUUUAAAUGUCAAAAUAUUGACGAUUUUUAAUAAAAUUAUUUUUAAUAAAAUAAUUUUAAUAAAAGAUAUCCGAAUUGAUGAACUCAUUUGAUUAUCCUUUGUCACUAAUUGAUUGAAGUUAAAGUGCUUGAUUUAUUAAAACAGGAUGCAAGUUUUAAAAUGUCAGCGCAUUAAUGAGCAAAAGAAUAAUCCUCCUUAAGAAUAUUCCUUAAUCUUGUACUCACAAAUAUUCUAUAGCGGCACUAGUGUACGCACUCUAAAAUAAGUCAGUAUUGAGUAUCUCGGAGAUAUAAAACGGUUUCAUCAGUAAAAUGAAAAAUGAAAAAAAUUAAAUGCGGGACAUCCUUGACACAACACGUUUGUCACUUAAGGCGUUCACGUUGCGAUUUUUAAGGAUUCCGGUAACCGGCUAACACCAGGAAGCGAGUUCCAUCGAAAAUUCAUAAACGUUUUCAUAAAUAAAGGCAUAUCCAUAAUAAUACAAAUCCGGUGGUAGGAUCUCUUGUGAGUCCGCGCGGGUAGGUACCACCACCCUGCCUAUUUCUGCCGUGAAGCAGUGAUGCGUUUCGGUUUGAAGGGUAGGACAGCCGUUGUAACUAUACUGAGACCUUAGAACUUAUAUCUCAAGGUGGGUGGCGCAUUUACGUUGCAGAUGUCUAUGGGCUCCAGUAACCACUUAACACCAGGUGGGCUGUGAGCUCGUCCACUCAUGUAAGCAAUUAAAAAAAACAAUUCUCGGGCCCGCAUUAAUUCACAAUGUUAUUCAUUUAAAACAAAAGAAAAAAUGCUGUGAAACGAUGACUUCCUAUUCGACUAUUGAAUUAAAACAAUAACGAGCUAUUUAUUUAUUUCUUGACGCAUUCUUUUAAUUUUAAAAAAAUACAGAGGCGUUUCUUUAUAUGAACCACAAAUUAAUUAAAUUUUCUAUUGUUUU